GAAAUCCCCAGGACAAAUCUCCCGCGCCCAAUAAAGGGGUCUUCUGCAUCGAACGCCCUUUUCACGGUUUAACUUCCGAGGGUCGUCCAUUCCUCAUCAGAUCGACUCUCUCAUCCUUCUGUUCUCACUCGCAGGAGUUUUACUGUGGAGCGCAAACAUUUGCCUAUGUUUUUGAAUUUUAUCUGUGACUCAUCAUGCACGGGUGAAAUAUCUCUACUCAUGAAAAAUCUCUACUCAGAAGACCCAAAAUACGAAUUUUUAUCCGUGGUAGGUCCGACUUUUGUUCGCUGAUAUUUUUUGUGCCCGUUAGGGCCGAAGCCGCUUCUCUUCUCUCUCUAUCGUUGGUCUCGUCCUCUUCUUCCUCAGCGUCAGGAAUUUUUGAAGUCUUCUUCUACAGCGGCACAUGGUUGUUUCCUCCACAGAGGGCAAUGUUUUUUCCUCCAAAGCAUCAGGUCAAGCUUCGUAGGUAUGUGCUGUCGACCUCUCUCUAUCAUCCCGUCUCUCUCUCCCCCUUCAGUCUCUCUCUUUUCCUCACUCUCUCUCACAUCCUGCAUAUGCCCCCUUUUACUGCAGCUCGACGACAAACAACGCAAGAUGUUCUUUCCCUACCUUGUUUCCUCUUUCUGUCUAUGCAUUUGUUUGUUUUCCCGUUUUUCCCCUUAUUCUUUUUCUCUUCUUAUUGGCUGCAUUUUUUGAUUCGGAUGAUGCAACAACGUGCUCUUAGUUUUUUUUGUUUGUGUCCUGAGUUGAUUUUGGUGAUUUCUACUCUACCAUAUAUUUGAACAUCUACCGAAAAUGGGUGGGCGUUCUAAUUUGUAGCAGCUAUCAGCAAACCUUCUCCCUUUUCUUCUGUUGAUUUAAACAGAUACAUGUUUGAAUCGCCUUUACUUGAUAAUGGGUAUUGAUAUGGCUAUUUUCUUACAUAUUAAGUUUCUGUUUACGUAUCUUUCAUAAGACUUAUCCAAAUAUCUCUUUGUUUGUUAAUUUUUUUUGUAAGUGUGUUGCUGGCAGCCUGGCACUAUAGUUUAAUGAUACGUACAUCGGUGGAUUAGCGGCAGAUGAUACAACUUUUUAAUUGUUUUACCGUUGACAAGAAGACACUAGUUCUUUUUCUGAUUAUUUUUGCAUCCAAAAUGGAAUUCUGCUGUUCAUGUGUCUGCAUCUACAUAUGUAUGCUAAUAUGAGUACACUGGUAUUUAUAUUCAAAUUUAUCUUCCGUGCUUAUCGUUCCUGUUUGUUUGUAAUAAUCAGUUCAAAAGAUAGCAGACUCUGUGAAGGAGAAGACGAGGCUAGGGGUUAUUCUUUGGCUCAAGCAUUUUCAACAAACAACUAGUGUGGUUCUCUUUUUUGUCCAUCACACUAUCAUAGUCUUAGAGUUCGCUAGGGCAUCUCUUUUGCUGAUGCACUUUUGGGUUCACAUCUAUACAUAUCUUGUAACUGAUGUCAACAAGCCAGUAUCAUAAACUAUGCUGAAACCAACGCGUAUCCAUCUUGUAAGACAACUUUCGCAAUCCUUCUCCCAGUUAGUAUCCUUUUGCACUUCAUUAGGCAUUGAGAAAGUCUGUCAAAUUGUAUCUGGUGUUGGGAGUCUUGAAGAUCUAGAAGCAAGUCUCAACCAAUCUGGAGUCCAAGUCACAAAAGACCAAGUUACCCAGGUGGUAUAUUCAUGCAAAGACCAAGUUCAUCCCAGAAGACUUCUUAGAUUUUUCAUGUGGUCUAGACAAAAAAGUUCUUCUGACUUGGGUGAUGUUGAAUUCAAUUUCCUGAUUCGUAUAUUUGCUGAGAAGGGGGACCUCACAGCCAUAGAGAUUUUGUUGCAUGAUCUAAAGAAGGAGAGAAGAAAGAUGGAUGUGGAAACUUGGGGCUGUUUGGUUGACACCCUUGUGAGGUUUGGCAAAGAGGAUGAUGCUGUAGGUCUUUUCAAGAACAUUGAGAGUCUAAACUGUCCGAGGGACAAGGGCAGCUUCACCAAGUUGGUCCAUGCUCUGUGCCAGCAGGGUCAUGCUAAGAAGGCUGAACAAGUUGUUUGGAGAAGCAAGAAUAUGUUUGGGAUGGGACCUACUAUAUACACAUGCUUGGUUCAUGGAUGGUGUCUAAAUGGCAAUGUGAAGGAGGCAAAAAGGGUGCUCAAUGAGAUGAGAAAUGAAAGCAUUGCUCCAGGUAUAUUGAUCUACAAUGACUUGCUUAGAUGCAUAUGUGAAAAGAACGUCAAGUGCAAUCCAUCUGCAUUGGUUCAAGACGCAAAUGAUUUGAUGAUGGAAAUGCGAUCUUCUGGUGUUUUUCCAAGUUCAGUUAGCUUUAAUAUAUUGCUUUCAUGUCUGAGUCGAGUACGUAGAGUAAAGGAAGCCUGCCACAUUUUAUUAUCUAUGAAGAGUUUGGGCUGUGCACCUGAUUGGAUGACUUACUUUCUGGUUGUAAGGCUGCUGUAUUUAACUGGCAGAAUAGUUAGAGGCAAUCGAAUUGUGGAUGAAAUGUUCAAUGAUGGCCUAGUGCCUAGUUUGAGGUUUUAUCAUGAUUUAAUUGGAGUUCUCUGUGGGGUUGAUCAAGUUGGCCAUGCAUUAGCAAUGUUUGCCAGAAUGAAGAGGAAUUGUCCACAAGAAUGUGGUCCCAUGUAUGAUUUGUUAAUAGAGAAGCUAUGCAGGAGUGGUGAAUUUGAAAAGGGUAAGCAGCUUUGGGAUGAGGCAGUUGAGGCAGGAUUCAUUCUUCAGUGUUCAGCCAAUUUGUUGAAUCCAAUGAGAACAAGAGUUUUUAAACCAAUAAGAAAGCUGACAAAGAUGGAAUUGGAGGAGUGCAGGAGUGUGCUGAAUGCUAUCACAAAGGAGGAUGAGAUUGCUACAAGAAAGAAAAGAAAGAAGCAAAGGAAGGGUUCUCGACUUAGAAGGUAAGCUACAAACUUGUUCCAAACGCUAUCAUGAGGAUUCUGGCUCUGGUGUUGCAUCUCCUUUGGCAUCAACAGUGAUCUGCUAUGGUAUGCCAACAUGCAAAUAAUCCUAAGAAUGGUACAUAUUCCCUUUCUUUGUGUUCAUAUUUUUCCAAGCUAAGCCUCUUCAUUUCCUAAUGGUCAUGACUUCUAUUGUCCAAAAGGUAGUUACUUUUUAUACUUUUCUCUUGUUUUUGUCCUAAUUAUUUCCUCUUAUGCUGCUUUGUAACUUGAUGGAAUAUGUUGAGGCUUCACAAAGGAGAGUAAAUGAUGUCACACAUGGUUGUAUGUGAACUGGCAAAUUCUUGGUGAGUGCAAUUUACAGGUAUUUCCAAUUUCUUGAUUUGUAACAUAUCUGUAGUAUACUUCUUUCUAUGUCUGAUUGGUCUACUUUGUUUUCUAGUGAAUCCAAAAUGCCUGGCAUACAUGAUGAACCUGCUUGGUUGAUUUGUCAUAUUUGUUAUAUUCCAAAACCGAGAUAUAAAGUUCGUCAUGCAGAACUGCCUUUUGAUUUAUCUAACUAUUUUGUGUUUUUUCAUUAUUACCUGUUUAAGUAAAAUAUGCAAGUGAGUUGCUGUGCAUAUUCUUUUAGACUUAAAACAUGCACGUGAUAUAUUGUUCUAACAUAUGGUCAGCUUAUUAGAUUGUUUUUAUUUUGUGCGCCAAUCCUUUAGCACAUUGUCUUUUAGCACAUGGAGUUAAUAUAAUUAUUUUGGAAUAGUUGGUAGAAAGAUUGUGAUACUUGUACCAAUGGUGUUCUUCUUCACACGGUAUUGGUAUUCCAGGAUGAGCCUCUUCUUACUGGAUGUAUAAAAAGUGUUAUCCGUAUUGUACGAUACACCAUAUCGUAUAGGUCAGCAAAACCUAUAUGAUAUGCCUACGAUAUACAUGAAAAAUGUGUGUCGUAUGUGUAUCGGCAGUUAUUUUACAAUAUAAAUGUUAUCUUAUGAUACGACUGCUACAUUGUGUGAUACAGUCGAUACAACCCAUAUCUUAUGUUAUGGUGCAAUUUUUAAAAAAGGGGUACAAUGUGCCCCCUUUUGAUCAAUUUCUUUUCUAAGACUGCUUCUUCCCCUCCAUUUCUAAUACUUCUAAUAGCUCUGGGAGGGAUUGUUUUUUCAGGUUAUGGAGAGAAAUUGCCAAAUAAAUGUGAUUUUGGGGGAGAAAUAGACUGUUUGAAGGGAGAUUUGCGUAUGGGAAACCUAUUCGUGUUUGGAAAAAAAGGCUUUUGUAUUUCUUCUUCGACAAAAGGAUGAUUGGCAUGUCGGAGACAUGGUCUGAAAAGGGAAAACUUUCUGCUUGUCUGCUGUUAGAGGCAUGCUUCUUAAGGGUGUUUAUGUACACCAACAUGAUACCGAUGUUUGUUGCUCCAUCUUAUUAUUGCAAUGGUUUAGGGGCCUUGAUGCCCCUUGUUGAGGUAAAGAUAAAUUGCAAAAUUA